AGUCGGUCAAAGCUGGUGCUCAUCCACACAACUUUCUGCCGAGUCAUCGGGACAGACGCGCACCGUGACUGCGCGCUCCUCCUCAGGUCCGCUCCUCCUCCUCAUCGUCAGUGCGGACGGGAGAUGUCAGACGCGGUGAAAGAGGAGACGAGAGCGCCCGGUGAUCGUCGUGACCGGACUGAAAUGAUCCACGUCGCUGUCAAAACUCUCACUGAGAGCAAGGACUUCACCGUCACAGGAGGCGGCACCGUCAGACAGCUGAAAUGGGGUCUAGCAGAGCGCCUGGGGGUCCCGGUAGAGCAGCUGGUCCUGAUGGACUCAGGCCGGGUCCUCAGAGAGUCAGAACUCCUGAGUCACCUUAAAGCCCAGGAUGAGUCAGUCAGCCUCCGCAUGAUCCAACGGCCUCAGCAUCCGUCUGCUGCGCCCACCUGUGAUCCAGCACCAGAAAUGGUCCAGUCAGAGCUCACAGCCGUUCUGGAUCCUGACCCUGAAAGCUUCACACCCUCUCUCACCUCCCCCCUUUCUCUGGUGGAGUGUCUGGAUAGUCUCGGCCUAACAAACAGCGUGCCUGGCUUCUUCCCUGCACUCCAGCACCAGAUGGACAGACAACUGCUGGCUGACCCGGAGAUGAUGCGGCGUGUCGUGGGCAGCCCCUUCGUGCAGAGCACCCUCUCCUCCUCCAGCCCUCAACUAACUAGACAGCUCAUUCUGUCUAGUCCUCAGAUUCAGCAGCUCCUGCAGACGAACCCAGAGGUGGGAGAUAUGCUUAACAAUGCAGAUAUCAUCACAGAGGUGCUGGAGCUCGUCAGGAACCCUUGCAUGAUAGAGGAUGUGAUGCAUAGUGAAGACAGAGCAUUAAACAAUUUGCAGCCAGAGCAGGAAAACCCUGAGACCAUCACUGGUGAUUGUGAUGGCCUUCAGAAGACUGCCGCCAAAAGACUCAAAUCAUCACAGAUCCAGAUGGGAGCAGCCCCAGUAGUGACUGCAUCACCUGGGACUCAACAGCCAACUGAAGGAGAAAGCGACGCUACUCCACCUGUCUCCGGUCCCUCCACAGAUCCCCUCAGAGAACUGACCGCCACGCCCAGAGCUGAUCCAAACCCUCAGAGCACUGGUACUGCAGGCAUGCAGUCACUGGUGGAGGGGAUCACAGCCAGUCCAGGACUGAUGGAGAGCCUGCUGUCGGGGCCCUACGUCAGCAGUGUCCUCAGCUGCCUCAGUCAGAACCCUGACCUGGCUGCACAGAUGCUGCUGAGUCACCCUUUGUUCUCAGGGAAUCCACAGCUGCAGCAGCAGAUGCGGCAGCAGAUCCCUCUCUUCCUGCAACAGCUACAGAGUCCAGAGCUGUUGUCAACCAUGUUGAACCCCAAAGCCAUGGAGGCUCUGCUACUAAUCCAACAGGGCCUACAGACUCUGGCUGCAGAGGCUCCUGCACUGAUACCUACAGCCGGUGUUAACGAUGCCCCUGAGCUGCCAUCUGACUCUGUCCUUAACAGCCAAUCAGGAAGUGGUCCUCAGGUUGCCACGGUGACAGAGCAGCAGCAGCAGCAGUUUGUGCAACAGAUGCUACAGGCGCUAGCUGACACCAAUCAUGGGGUCCAUGUUGACGAGGCUGAGUUCCAGGACGAGCUGGAGCAUCUGAGCUCAAUGGGCUUCAGAGACAGAGAGGCAAACCUUCAGGUCCUCAUCAGCACUGGAGGAGACCUCACCACCGCGAUACAACAUCUGCUCAGUCUCUGACAAUACACACAGAUGUUGAUCUGUGCAUAUACAUAUUGCAUAAAAUCACUUACACUCAAACAUAAUGAUAUAAUUAUCAACGCUUGCAAAGUGCUUUACAAAAAUAACACAGACAUGCAAGCCAUAUUGUUAUUGCUGUGCUUUCAAAGAUAUUCUUAUAUUUAUUCCUUAACUCCCCUCACUAACCUCUGUCUGAAGUAGUAAAUUAUAUUCAGUCUUAGUUCAACAGUCACACUCACCUUCGUACACUUUACGUGCUAUAUCCGUCCCCUUUGUCCUUUAACAGUGAGUACUUUGGGUUGAUAUUAGGGCAGAAACCAAAGAAUACAAUCACAGGUCCGUACAGGUACUGAAAUCCACCUCACACACUGUAGACUUGUAGCAAUUGCAGACAUAUUUAGCCCCAGGUGAUGUAUAAUUCAUCUCUGUCCAUGAAGCUCAGGCCUCUUUUCAUCUUGCCACCUGGACAAUAUUGAGAGCUUGUAACACCCAGAGACCGUCAGAUGUUCUUAGAAGCUGAGCUCCAAAAAGAUGCAUUUCCCCGUUUAUCACACAGGCACAGAAACUCUGAUCUGCACAGUUGUCAUUUCACUUUGUAUUUAUGAUGGUUUCGUGCUUUAAAAAGCGUGUUAUGUUUCCUCCAAGCCUCCCAUGUUCACUGUUAUGUUCACAGUUCUGUAAUAGGGUUAACUGUACGCUUAAUUCAACAGUAGUUUUUUUUUUUUUAGAGCUGCUACAAAUGAUCAUUCUCAUUAUCAAUUCAUUUGUUGAUUAUUUUUGUUUUAUGAAUAAUGUAUUGAUAAUGAAAUCUAUAAAAUGACAUACAAUAGGGAAAAAUAGCGAUCACAACUUCCCAGAGGCUCAGGUGACGUAUUCCAGAUGUUUGUUUAACUACGAGUCCAAAACCUGAAGCUUAAAAUACAUACUGUUGUACCCUGAGUUGUUGUAGUGAUCAAUAAAGCUGGAAGACAAACACAAA